GAUUCUUGGUUUGAGCAGCACCUGGGUACAGCCUGCGGCCCUGGGGUUCAGCUCCAUCAUCUGAAUCAUGAGGAUCUGGUUGCUUCUCCUUGCGAGUGGCAUCUGCGUGGGGACCGUGAACCUACAGGACACGUGCAGUCAAGGGCACCCUGGCGUCCCUGGGAAUCCCGGUCACAAUGGCUUGCCUGGGAGAGACGGACGAGAUGGAGCAAAGGGCGACAAGGGAGACACAGGAGAGCCAGGACAUCCUGGCGGUCCGGGGAAGGACGGAGUGAAUGGAGAGAAAGGUGAACGAGGAGCAGAUGGAAAAGUUGAAGCCAAAGGCAUCAAAGGGGAUCAAGGCUCACAGGGACCCCCAGGAAAACACGGGCCAAAGGGAUUUGUUGGUCCCAUGGGAGAGAAAGGCCUCAGGGGGGAGACUGGCCCUCGAGGGCAAAAGGGGGAGAAAGGUGAUGUGGGGCCCACUGGUCCAGAGGGGCUGCGGGGCAACGCCGGGCCUGCAGGCCCCACUGGGUUACCUGGCCCUGUGGGCCCCAUUGGAAAGCCUGGCCCCAAGGGCGAUGCUGGCCCCCUCGGGCCUCAGGGGGAGCCAGGAGUCCGGGGAGUGAGAGGCUGGAAAGGGGACCGAGGCGAAAAAGGAAAAAUCGGUGAGACUCCAGUCUUGCCCAAAAGUGCUUUCACAGUGGGGCUCACGGUGCUGAGCAAGUUUCCUGCUUCGGAUGUGCCCGUUAAGUUUGACAAGAUCCUGUACAAUGAAUUCAAUCAUUACGACAUAGCCACGGGAAAAUUCACCUGCCACGUUGCCGGGGUCUAUUACUUCACCUACCACAUCACCGUGUUCUCCAGGAACGUUCAGGUGUCUUUGGUCAAAAAUGGGGUAAAAAUCCUGCACACCAAGGACGGCUACACGGGCACGGAGGACCAGGCGUCUGGCGGCAUCGUGCUGCCCCUGAAGCUGGGGGACGAGGUGUGGCUGCAGGUGGCAGGAGGGGACAGGUUCAAUGGCUUGUUUGCAGAUGAGGAUGAUGACACAACUUUCACAGGCUUCCUUCUGUUCAGCCAGUGACGGGGAGGCAUUGACGACUCUGCCUCACCACCCAUCGGAGUCGGCCUGGUGAAGAUGUCCGUGAUUCUACUCUACAAAUCAUGCUCAUCAUUGUAAUGAUCAUAGAGAGGCGACCAAAUGCUCGCUUUGGGCCACCUGGCUGGCUCAGCUGGGGACGCCUUGCAGCUCUUGAUCUCAGGGUUGUGAGUUCAAACCCCGUGUUGG